AUGACGGCCCUCAAUGAGCUGAUUUGCUCGCUGGAAAGACAAUGGAACAUCGGUCUCAGGCUUCGUGGUGAUGGAUGGUCGCCAAAAAAAGCCAUCCCGGACGAUGCGGCCGACAAGGUCCAUGCGCUCAUCAAAUUCCUCUUCUACAGCGCACCAACGGCGCUCGAAGAGGCGCUCGAACAGUUCAAGGGGAAAGCCCCUGGUCUGUCACGUGAGGAGCGCUUGGACAGGCUUCGUGAGAUUCUCUCCCGUGUAAAAAAGGGUGAAUUAGAGUCGAAGGGCAGGACGCCAAGGAAUGAGCCGCCUAAAGUGCGGGCGACACCCUUUAGUGGUGAGUACAAACUUGCUUUUUAA